AUGGGAACCUGUUUCUCGAGCUCUACAAAAUCCACGGCCGAGAUCGCUCCGUUUGACAUCGCAGUCAAACCUCCUCCUCUCGCAGCCUCUUCCGCCGCCGCACAAACUCGCGUUUCAUCCCAGCAAAUCCCAACCGCGACGCCGGCGACGGCCAGCUCAGCCGUCACAGUGAAAUUGCACGGACCGCCAAACAGUUUGGUGACUUCUUACCUCCGCUUGGCUCUUCUCCACAAGAGAGUCUCUCUCCGUUUCGUCCCAUCGGAAGACCAGAAGCCGACGAUCCAAAUCGGAUCGGAGACGGUGUCAGGAUCUCUGGAGGUUCUCCUCCGUCACAUCGAGGACAAGUUCCCGGAGCCUCGGCUGAUGAUUUGCAAGUUCAAUCUAGAAGGCUUCGACGAGUCGACUCCGCUGAUAGUGAGGACGAUUUGGCUCCAGCACAAGAGCAUGACGUGGCACAUCGCGAGGAUGUUGAGAUGGUCGGACGAUCUGGCGGCGCGUGGAGGGAGAAGAGCUGUGGAUCCGUCGGUGGGGACGCCGAAGAUGGAGAUUAGGAAGUUCGCCAAGAGCUAUACGCAAUUGCAAGAGCUCAUGGUUGAGCAUGCUCAAAUGGAAGAGAGAAUCCUCUUCCCUGUUCUCGAAUCUGUUGAUCGAGGGAUGUGUAAAAGUGCAAACGAAGAACAUGGAAGAGAAAUGCCAAUGAUGAAUGGAAUCAAAGAAGUUAUCAAAUCAAUUGGUGUGUUGGACGCUGGGAUUUGCUCAGAGGCUCUUUCUCUUCUUGCUUCUCGUUUCAAGACAUUGCAGAUGAUGUGUAAAUCACAUUUUGAAGAGGAAGAGAAAGAUUUGUUGCCGAUGGUGGAAGCUGCGGAAAUGGGGAAAGAGAAGCAGAAGAAGUUGAUGAAUCAGAGCUUGGAAGUUAUGAGAGGCUCUCAUUCUCAUUUGUUUGAUUUCCUGCUCGAAGGUCUCACUCCACAAGACGCUAUGCAGUAUAUUGACUUGCUCAUGAAAUUUGGUGAUCCGGAGCUUAUCUCAUCUUUUCUCUCCCAAGGCAUUGUUGAUUGA